AGCGCUUAACCGGAAGUGAGCGCCCAAGUUCCGCUCGGGGCCUUUACCCGGACCGGACCGGCCCUGCAGCCGGAGACGAAGCAGUGGAAAGAGGGCGGUCACACUCUCGCUUCGAGUCGCUCCUCUUUGGCGGACGCCUUGCUGUGGAUGACAACCGUCCAGCUCGUCGCAAAAACAGCGGUGCUGCUCGGCUGGCCGGGGCUUUAACACAGCGGCGGGGGGAAGCGAAGCGAACCGAGCCGAACCGAACCGGGGAGGGGAAGGAUUUACUGACACAGCCCGAGCAUGGCGACCCAAACCACCGCAUCCUGCACUGGAUCUACUUUGCUACAGCCAAUCAGCGAAAUCAUAGACCUCCCACUCGACCAGGUGAACUUCGUGGCGUGUCAGCUGUUCGCUCUGCUCAUGGCUGUGUGGUUCCGGCUCUACCUCCAUCCCAGUAAAACCAGUCCCUUCAUCAGACAUGUGGUGGCCACCCUCCUGGGUCUGUACUUGGCUCUGUUCUGCUUCGGCUGGUAUUCGGUCCAUUUUCUGGUGCAGAGCGGCCUCUCCUACGGGGUGAUGAUCUUUGCCAGCCUGGAGCACAUGCACAAGUACUGCUUCAUCGUCACCCUCGGUUACCUGAUCCUCUGUCAGAUCACAAGAGUCUACGUGUUCGACUACGGCAUGUACUCUGCAGAUUUCACUGGGCCCAUGAUGGUUAUAACCCAGAAGAUCACCAGCAUGGCGUUUGAAAUCCAUGACGGUUUGUCGAAGCGCAGGGAAGGACAGCUGACUCCCAGUCAGAAAUACCUAGCUAUCAGCCGGAUGCCCAGCCUGCUGGAGUACCUGAGCUACAACUGCAACUUCAUGGGCAUCCUGGCGGGACCUACCUGCUCCUACAACGACUAUAUGGCCUUCAUGGAGGGGACGUCGUACCAGCGCCGCCACCAGGAGAACGCUAACGGCAAGGAGAACGGGAAGGCCAAGAAGCCCGAGCCUUCACCAAAGCGCGCCGUGGUGUCCAAGCUGUGCACCUGCGCCAUCUCUUUGACCACCUACCUGUCGCUCUACCGGCUGCUCCCGGUCGACCACUCCAUAGACGAGUACUUCGUCAGCACCACGCCGUUCUACCUGCAGGUGGUCUACCUUUACCUGGCCAUGCUGGCGCUCAGGCCUAAAUACUACUUUGUGUGGACUCUAGCCGAUGCCAUCAACAACGCAGCCGGGUUUGGCUUCAACGGCUACGACACAGAUGGCUCGCCGCGCUGGGACCUGAUUUCCAACCUCAGGAUUCUGGAUAUCGAGUUUGCCACAAGUUUCAAGCUCUUUCUAGACAACUGGAACAUUCAGACAGCUCAGUGGCUCAAAAGAGUUUGCUACGAGCGUUGCCCCGUCAACCCGACGACCGCCACCUUCCUGCUGUCGGCCAUGUGGCACGGUGUCUACCCCGGCUACUACCUGACCUUCGUCACCGGCAUCGGGAUGACAAUGGCCGCCCGCGCCGUACGGCACAACAUCAGACCGUACUUCUUGGUCUCCGACUCGCACAAACGCGUCUAUGAUGUCAUCACGUGGGCUAGCACGCAGGUUGCCAUUUGUUACACGGUGGUGCCGUUCGUCUUGCUCGCUGUUGGACCCUCGCUAAAGUUCUACAGCUCGUGGUACUUUUGCUUGCACCUCCUGUGUCUCCUCGUGGUUCUGGUUCUGCCCGUCAAAUCGAGACGCUUGCAGGCCAGAGCGAAGGAAGACGCUGCACAGGACGAGCAGCGCGACCACAGCAGCACAGACAACAACUGCAACCAGAAAGACAAAUCCACAUGAGACCGCCGCCACGUCACAAGCUACAACUGGACCGGGUCGGGUCCCAUUACCUAACCAAGAACCCAAAAAACACUCUAAGGAAAAAA